GCGGGGUAAAAAGCAGAGGCAGAGAUGCGGUAAAAACGGCUUCUUUCCGUCGCCGGCUCAAAACCCCGUCGCCGGCUCUGCCGCCUCCGCCGCAGCGAUCGCGCGAAACCCUAGACCCCGCCGCCACCGCCGCCGCCGCCGCCGCCGCCGCGACGAUCGGACCACUCCGCCCACAGCAUUCACCGCCCGCUCCCGGAAGAGAGACCAGGGCGGCGCGCGGCGGGAUGGGCAACAGCAGAGGGACGGCGAGAGGAGCAGUCGGAGGCAGCAGCGAGACGGGGAGGGAGGACGGGGUUGCCGGCACGCCGCGUGCUUCCGGAACCCGGGGGACGGCGGCGAGAAGCGGCGCGAACGAGGCACGCCCGCCUUCUCAAGGAGGGCCAGGCGAGCUGGGUCCGAGGAGCCCAGGUCCGGAGAGGGGUUCCCCUGGCAUUAGUCACGGAACGAAAACUUUCGUCAACAAGGGGAAUGGGAACGCUGGCAGCACGGGGAGGGAGGACACAGGCACACAGCGUGCUCCUGGAGGCCCUGUGAUCCCGGCGCCGGCGGCCAGAAGCGGCGCAACUGGGGCUGCUCCCCGCCUGCCGUUGCGUGGAGGUCUAGGCCGGGAGAGCGGUUCCACCGGGCCAGGGAACGUGGUGAGUCCAUCCUCCGACCAGCAGCAGAGUGGCGCGACGUCAGACACUGUUAAGAACAGCGCUUCAGGUUCCCUGUCAAGAGAUUCAGACAGGAGCGCUGGCUCUCGGAAUGGCGCAGAAACGCCGAGGAGCGAGGAUGCCAGGGACGGGAGCGCCAGCAGCUUGUUAAAGAAGCGGAAAAGGCUCGGCAAUUCGAGAAAUUACGUGAAUUUAUUCAAGACAGUCAAAAGAGCGAAUGACGCAGAUGUAGCCGUUGCUUCUCCUGACAGAGUGGGCAAGGAAAACACUUCAAGCGGGCAUGUCGCAGACAGCAACAUCUCUAAGCUACGCAAAGGUAGCAGGUUAACUGAGAACAACAAGAGACAUUCAAGCGAUGAUGCAUGCAAAGUUUCCAAAAGUCUUGGUUUUGGUCUACAUGAAACUUCAGAGACAAGAGUUAACCAAGAUUCUGUACCGGUUUCAGAGGUGCAGCCGCGUAAACCUACCGAUGUGCCCCUGCAAAAUAUAACGGAUGAAAGCAGUCUUCCAGGGAAGGCUAGAAAUCGAUCCACUGUCCCUGCAAGACAAAGCUGUUUAUCAUCAUUGCAAAGUGUGCCAGUAUCUCUUGUUCACUGUGAAGAGAUCAAAAACACACUUGGAGAUGGUGCUAUUAGCAUUCAGAAAGAAGUUUCAGCUUCAGGGCAUAGCAAGGUGAUCCCAUCUGAUCAAACUGAUGGUAACUCCAACAUAUGUGUUGCUUGUGGAACCUCAGGAACUCUUAGGUCUUGUGAUGGAAAAGGUUGCCAAACUAGAUACCAUAUCUCUUGUCUGGAUCCUUCUCUGGAAUAUUUGUCUCCUGGAAUUUGGUUCUGUACCAGCUGUACAAAUAAGAGGUUCCAGUUUGGUUUACAUUCUGUUGUUGAUGUAAUAGAGUCGGUCUGGGAUGUCAAGGAGGCUGAGGGAAUGCAAAAUAGCAAGCUGUAUUUUGUUAAAUAUAAGAAUCUGGCGCAUGUCCAUAAUCGUUGGGUUCCAGAAGUUGAUAUCAAUAUCACUCCUGGAGGUCCUGAUCUUCUUUCCUUGUUUAACAAGAGGAAUCAUACUGAAAAGGCAAUUUGGAAGGAGGAAUGGACUAAGCCACACCGCCUGUUAAGGAAGAGGCUACUCAUGCCCCCAAAAUUAGCUGAUGAUUUCUUUUCCUCAUCUGGUGUUAAAUACUCAUAUUGUACUCUUGAAUGGUUAGUUAAAUGGAGGGGUCUUGGCUAUGAUCAUGCAACAUGGGAAUUAGAGACUUCGCCCUGUUUAUGUACGCCUGAGGCUGACCAACUUAAAAAGAACUACAAGAACCGCCGUGAAGCUGCAAAACAAUCAUCUAUCCCUACACAAUCAAAGGUUAAGCAAAGCUCAUUUCAGAAACUUGAGAGUUUACCAGAUGGAUGCCAUUCUGAUUUUGACAAUGAUCACUUGUUUUCUAUCAAUCACCUCCGAGAGUUCUGGUAUAAAUCCCGUGGUGCUGUUCUAGUUGAUGAUAAGGAGUUUGUAAUAAAGACUGUCUUAUUCACAAUGUCUGUAUUACCUGAUGUCAAUCAACCCAUCCUAAUUGUCACAACUCCUGCUUCUCUAUCCUUAUGGGAGGUUCAAUUCAAUACCUUGGCACCAUUUAUCAAUGUUGUUGUGUAUGAAGGAGGGAAAGACACGCUCAAAUUAAUUCAAGAUCUGGAAUUCUAUGAGAGCGGAAGCUCUAUUAUGUUGCAGGUUCUCUUAUGCCAUGCUGAUGCUAUCUUAGAGGAUAUCGAACCUAUAGCACGCAUUGGUUGGGAGGCAGUUAUAGUUGAUUAUUAUCAAAAAUCAACCCUACAAUAUCUCGAACAACUGAAGCAACUUUCCACUGAUUUUAGAAUGUUGCUUGUGAGCUCCCCAAUUAAGGACGAUCUUCCUGAGUACAUGAAACUCUUAGGUUUCCUUAAUUCCGGAGAGCAAGAAAAUGGCAGUUGCCUUGAUACUGCUGAUGCCCUUGUGAUGUCAAAAGUAAACUUCAAAAGUCAUAUCGCAUAUGAGCGCCGAGCAGAUUCUUCAAAAAUAUCGGAGCACUGGGUUCCUGCUUACAUUUCACAAUUGCAGCUAGAGAUGUAUUGCUCCAUACUUCUUUCAAAUUCAUCUAUCCUCCAGUCAAAGAUGAAAAGUGAUGGCUCUCUUUGCGGCAUUAUUAUGUCCCUCUCAAAGUGCUGUGAUCACCCUUACCUCGUUGAUGAAUUCCUGCAAAAUUCGCCUGUCAACAAUCACGAUCGUAGUGAUACUCUAGAUACCAGAGUACAAGCAUGUGGCAAAUUACUGCUUCUUGAAAACAUGCUCAAGGAGAUAAGGAACAAGAGGCUGAGAGUCAUUAUUCUUUUUCAAAAGUCUGGUGCAGCAGGUGGGAAAUCAAUGGGUGAUAUAUUGGAAGGUGUUGUUUGUGACAGAUUUGGCCGUGAGUCAUAUGAGCGUAUUGAAAGUGGUGCACCAUUGUCAAGGAAACAUGCAGCAGUAAACAUGUUCAAUGACACGACUAAGGGGAGAUUUGUUAUUCUGAUUGAAAGUCGGGCAUGCCUCCCAAGUGUUAAGCUGUCAUCUAUUGACGCUGUUAUCAUAUACAAUAGUGACUGUAACCCACUAAAUGAUCUGAAGGCUAUUCAAAGAAUCAAAAUAGAAUCACAGAAGUAUCCGGGCAUUUUCCGUUUAUACACUCCUUUCACAAUGGAAGAGAAGCAGCUCGUGCUUGCAAAAGAGGGCGUGCUUAUUGGUAACUACAAGGAUAUGCCACAUAGUUUGUGCCAUUCAGUGAUCAGUUGGGGUGCAUUGUUUCUUUUCACCAGAUUUGACGAGCUUCAACAUGGUAACUAUGCAAGUAAAAGUUUUGAAAGGGAUACAGUUAUUCUGGAGUUUUUAAAAUUGGCCAUAAAUGUUGAAGACAACACUGAAAUAAAUUGCACGUCCAUAUCGAAAGCUAAUAUGAGCGGGGAGUUUUAUUCAAGAAGCAUUGUUUUAAUAGGCGAAAAUGUGGCAAUGCCUGCUUCGGAUGGAGAUCCAUCUAAUUUCUGGUUAAAUUUACUGGAUGGGAAAUCCCCUUGCUGGAGCAAUAUAUCGGAGCCACAACAAGCAAGCCACAGGUUGGUACAGAACAGAGAAGAACCAGCCAGAGUUCCUGCUGAAGAAGCCGAUGAAGGCAGAAGGAAGCGUAGAAAGGUUGACGGAAUCACAGUUCCAUCUUCAAAACGUUCAUCUUACAACAGUCAUGAUGAUAUCUUACCUAAAAAUUGUUAUACAGUGAGCCCCCAUCUUCAACAAUUUCAUGACACGCACCAAAAAGAAGGGAUGAAAAAACCGACGACACCAAAGAAUCUUCACGUUCAACUUAAGCAAGAGCUGUCAAAACUAAUUAAGGUGUUACAAUUGCCGGAUAAUGCAAGACUUCAGGCUGAACAGUUCUUUGAAUAUUAUUUGAACAAUCAUCUAGUUCCACCCGAGCCAGUGGACAUAUUGCAUGCAUUCAACAUAGCCUUGUGUUGGCGUGCUGCUUCUCAUGUAAAUUAUAAGGUAGAUCGCAGAGAGUCAGUUGCCCUUGCUGAAAAAAGCUUCAAUUGUGAGUACAAUGAAGUGCUUGCGGGUUUGAUCUAUACGAAAUUAAGGACCCUAAAGAAAAAAUUCCCGAAUAGAGCAGGUGAAACAAGUAUCAAGGGUCAACCAGUAUCAGCAGAGGACACCCAGCUUUCAUGGCAAGAAACCUCUACUAACUUGGAAAAUGACAACAUGUUCCAAAACAAGGAAAUUGAUCUUCAUGGUAAUUUCACAAAUGGUGCACCACAAGAGGUCUCAUCUGUUGCUGAAGAAACUCGCAAAGAGUGUCACGUGCCAAAUGAUGAGCCUCCUAAUAUGAUUGUGGAGAAAAACAUAGAUUUAAUUGAUAGUGUUUUCUCCCUAAGAAAAAAUAAUAUCCUUUGCAAACAACAGCUUGAGAUAUCAGGUUUAGUGACACACAGGCAGAACAAUGUCAUGAGACUGAAAGAAGUUUGCACGUUAGUUCUCGAACAUAUUCGUAGAAGUCACAUUGAUGAAAUGACCAGGACUGAAAAAAUAAAGCUGACUGCUCAGUGGUUCGUUAUGCUCAUGUAUGCAUUUUUGGGGCAUAUGAAGCUCCAGCAUGACAAGCUUGAGGGACUGCAAUCUGAUACAUGGUCUUUAGAGCGUCAACUGAAGGAGAAGCUCCACCAGGUAGCAAAAUCAGGCCAAUUAGAUAAAGACUUUGAUCGGCAUAUUGCUCUACCUGACUCAAACUUUGUUAUGGAGGAAUUCAUCCAUCUCAAGGAACAGAAUGAUGAGUAUCACAUUGCUGAAAGUUCUGUGUCAGAUUGUCAGCAGUCAUCAAAUGACGCAUUGUCGAUGGAAAGUACAUUAGUACGAAGUGAAGCUUUGUCAGAGCCCAUAUCUAUACAUGCAAUGGAAAAUGAGCCAGUUGAGACUUCUGUGGGCUCUGGCGGAGGACCAGCGUCAGAAGCCACUGAUUUUCAAGAAAACAACAUCCAAUUUAGUUCUGAUGGCAUUAUUGUACAAAGAGCUGGUUGUUCAUCAAGUACUAUUCCUGCAAAUGACGAUUCCACUGGUCAGGAAUCCUCAACCAGUGAGUGUAGAAAUACUGAACAUAUUGAGAUAGACAAUAUUGCGAAGCCAAUUAUCUUGCCGGGAGGUGCAACUUCUCUUGUUAGGGGAGGUCAUGCAAACAAUGAUGGCAUUCUUGACACAGAUGGAGUCCACUUGGAGUCGCCAAAUUUGACUUCCUCACAAAGCCUUGCAGCUUUGGUGGGAACUCAAGCUGUUCUAUCAUGCAUGCCUCCCCAACAAAGCACAGAUCCGUCAGCUCAGCAAACUGUAGCACCUUCACAGUGUCCACCUGCCGAAGCAGAGCAGACAGGUUUGUCGGGCACACAGGCAGUUCAAGUUUUGCAGCCUGAAAUGCAACCAUCAAUCUUACUUUCAGAUGCUCCACCUCAAAAGAAGCACCCUGAUGACAGGAGCCAAGCAGGUUGUCAACUAGAUAGAGCAACUGGACUGUCAAAGGGAGGUGCAGCAACUUCUCACCAUUUAGGUGAUGUCAGAAUGCAAGUCCAGGAAAAAGAUGAUGGCAAUGUAGUUGCUGAUCCAGUGCUUCCAGAGCCUCCAACUUACCCUGCAGAUAGCACAGUCACUCUACAAGUGUCUAAGGAAGUUGAAUCCCACAUCUGCGAACAAAGUAUGGCUGCGAAACAAUGUUUGGCAAUUUUGCGGCAUCCACCAGCUGAAGCAGAACCAUCAAGUAUAGGCACAGAAGCAGCUUGGAAUUUGCAGCCCGAAGUGCAAUCAUCAACCUCAAUGCAGGAUGAACCUGCAGAGGGAGAGGAUGAACCUGGGGCAGAGGAUGAGCCUGAGGUAGAGGAUAAACCAGUGGGCAUGGUGACAGCCCAUGAUCUCCAGUCCGAAAUACAACCUGGGGCAGAGGAUGAGCCUGAGGUAGAGGAUAAACCAGUGGGCAUGGUGACAGCCCAUGAUCUCCAGUUCGAAAUACAACCAUCAGCCUCAGUGCCUGCUGAACGAAGUACAUGUCUGCCUGCCCAACAAAGUCUAGCAACUUCACGACGUCCACCAGCAGAAGCAAAACAGGCAGAUAUAUUAGGCACAGAGGCAGUCUGCGAUUUGCAGCCCGAAGUGCAACCAUCAACCUCAGAUGAACCUGCCGAGGCAGAGGAUGAACCUGAGGUACUUGAGGAAGAGGAUGAACCUCCAGAGGCAGAGCGAGCAGGUACCUUGGGUGCCAUAGCAACUCAGGAUUUGCAGCCUGAAAUGCAAUCAUCAACCACGCAUGUAGAACCUUCACUGGAUCCACAUGCAAUGGUAGACUCAGCAGGCAUGGUCACAGCUCACGAUCCCCAGUCCGAAAUACUACCAUCAGCCUCAGUGCCUACGGAACAAAGUACAAGCCUUCCUGCCCAACAAAGUUUAGCAACUUCAGGACAUUCACCAGCAGAAGCUGAACAGGCAGAGGGCACAUGCGAUUUGCAGCCUUCACAAAGUGAAGUGCAAGUGUCAACCACAAUGCAGGAUCAACCUACAGAAGGAGAAGCAUGUAUCUUGGGCGCCAUAGCUGCUCGGAGCUUGCAGCCUGGAACACAACCAUCAACAUCAGCGCAGAGUGCUCCUUCUGAAAGAACCUAUCUGGCUGGCAUGCCUGUGCUACAAAGUUAUAGUGUAGAAUCUUCACUGAAUCCACAUGCCAGAGCAGAAUCAACACAUACUUUGGGUUCACUGAUAGCUCAUGAUCUGCAUACUGAAGUACGUCCAUCAGGCUCAAUGCAGGAUCGACCUGCAGAAGGAGAAGGAGCAGCUAUGUUAGGUUCCACGGCAGCCCAGGAUUUGCAGCCUGAACUGCAAUCAUCAACCACAGUUCAUGUUCCACCUGAAAGAAUGCACACUGAAGAAAGGACACAAAUUGGUUUUCAGCCACAUAGGGUACCUGCUCUUGAGCAGCCCACCCAACAACAUCCAGUCACAAGAUUAGUGUUUAAUAAUCCAAUUCUUAGUGACGAACCGCUGAAAAAUGAGUUGGACAGGUUAAUGCAUUGCAACAAUGUGCUUAGUAAAGACCAUGAACAUAAGAAAUCACUACUUGUAAUAGAGUACAACCAAGAAAUAGAGAAGAUAAAAAAGAAGUAUGACUUCUUACUUCAGAAAGAAGAUUCCGCUUAUCUUCACACCCAGCGUGAGCUUACUGAUCUCUUCAGGAAAGUGUUUGUAAACAAAUCACUAGCUGAUAAUUUUCAAGGGAUGUUCACACCAUCAUCUGCAGCUCAAGGGAGGUCGACGAACCCUGUAAUGGAGCGGCAAUUUGAGUCUUCUUCAGCUGCUCAGACUGCAGCAUUACCAGUUAUUUCCUCAUCAGCCAUCAGACCACCAGGAUCUUAUGUCCGACCUCCGUUUGUGGCUGAAGCAUCAUCAUCAUCAUCAUCAUCGUCAUCAUACAGCAGCUACGGAUCCGCUGGAGCACAACCAACUGCUGUCCAACCACUAUCAGCCUUAGCCAGCAAUCUCUAUGGAAGAACAAUGUCACAUGUUCCUCCGCCGCAUCUGCCUCAUGGCAGCUACAGAUCUGCUACAGACCAACUGCGUCCGUCCUCUCCUCAUCUCCAGCAGCUCAGGAUACCCUCUCAGCAUGCCAUGCACACGGACCAGCAGCAGCUUCCUGCUGCCAGUACAGCGGUUGCUUCGUUGGGACAGUAUGCCGCUGCUACCAUGGGAAGCUACGUAUCGGCAGUUCCACAGGGAGGCGCCGUACUGAACUCCAUGGACCCAAGUUCAGCUCACCAAGCAAUGCUGCCACCAGCAUCAAGCUCACGCCCACCUCGCCGAGCGUCCUCGCUGCCACCCGGCCGACACCCAGAGUCCAUGGUCAACUUGCAGCCAUCUAGUUCAAACCCCAUCUUCAUGCCAGCCCACCAACAAUCACCAUAUCCAAGCAUGGCCUUGGGCUGCGCCUCAGGUCCGCAGAAUGCAGCGCCAGGAAUCCAGCAGCACAGAGGCGCUCGGAUAGCCGGCGUGAAUCACAAUCAGCCUGGCUCUGAACCGGCGUCGCUGAACCCGUAUAUGCCAGCUAGGUUCGGCCUGGGUAGCAGUCCCACGGACACAGCGGUGGUGUGCCUUUCUGACGACGAAUAGUCCGAUGUCUUACUGACUUAGUAGCCGCCAAUCUAACGCCUCUCGCAUCAUUAUCUAUGUAGCGAAGCGAUGGACAGUUGCAAAUCAGGGAGAACAUUGCACCUGUUGAGAGAACAUUGUACUGAUGUUAUUACAAAGUUUUGUGUAGUGCCAGUCUUCAUAGCAAAUGUCUGACAAUUUCUUUUCAUGCGAAUCUGACUGGCAGGCAGGCUGGCUGACCCUUUGUUAGCUUGAGACCAGUCCUGGCUUGAGUCUACUACCAUGCCAGGGUUCUCCUAAUGUCUGGUGACAAUCUUAAUAUAUACUCCCCUCGUUCUAGAGUAA